AUGCAAGUGUCAAUAAUCAAGAGAAGACCCUACCGGCAUGUCCACAGGCCAACGAACCUGGAAGAUUCCUCAGCUGAAAAUGUCUUCUCGUUCCAAGCCACGGUGGAGGAAGGAGCCGUGGGAGUUAUUGUCAAUUUGACAGUGGAAGACAAAGACGACCCCACGACAGGUGCGUGGAGGGCUGCAUACACCAUCAUCAACGGAAAUCCGGGGCAGAGCUUUGAAAUUCACACCAACCCACAGACCAACGAAGGCAUGCUCUCUGUGGUCAAGCCCCUGGACUAUGAGAUCUCCGCCUUCCACACCCUGCUGAUCAAAGUGGAAAACGAGGACCCGCUGGUGCCUGACGUCUCCUAUGGCCCCAGCUCCACCGCAACUGUCCACAUCACAGUCCUGGAUGUCAAUGAGGGCCCAGUCUUCUAUCCGGACCCCAUGAUGGUGACCAAGUGGGAGAAUAUCUCUGUGGGCAGCGUGCUGCUGACAGUGAAUGCAACAGACCCGGACUCCCUGCAGCAUCAGACCAUCAG